UCUAACCUUUUAUUUCCAAUAUAUAUAAUCCAAUAUGAGUUUGAAGUUGGGAAUAAUAUUGAUGGAAAACAGUCAGAAAUAUCAAAAGCUUGCAUCUUUCUGCAUUAUUGGUGAAGUCAUGACCCCGUUGCGCUUUCACUCUCCCAUUUUAUCCCUUAUCAUCCAUUCCUUAUUCACAACACAACAAAUUCAAACCACUCAAAAAUCAUAAACCUUUGAGAUGGCAGAAGUGAGGAACAAACAAGUGGUUCUGAAGAACUAUGUGGUUGGUUUUCCCAAAGAAUCAGACAUGGACAUUGUCGAAGGAACCAUAACAUUGAAGGUUCCAGAAGAUUCCUCUGAUGUGCUCCUCAAAAAUCUCUACCUCUCAUGUGAUCCCUACAUGAGACUCCUCAUGACCAAGGAGGAGGACCUUUCUCUCGGAGUUGUCACCUACACGCUUCACUCUCCACUGACAGGAAAUGGUGUGUCUGAAGUGGUGGAAUCUAGAGAUCCAGAUUAUGAGAAAGGUGAUUUAGUUUAUGGAAUGACUAAAUGGGAAGAGUACAGUUUGAUCCCCUCAUCCCAAAUACUUUUCAAAAUUGUGCACACUGAUGUUCCACUUUCCUACUACACUGGAAUUCUUGGUAUGCCAGGAUUGACUGCUUAUGGUGGUUUCUUUGAUGUAAGUUCUCCCAAAAAAGGUGACAAUGUUUUUGUUUCAGCUGCCGCUGGUGCUGUUGGUCAACUUGUUGGCCAAUUUGCCAAGUUGAGUGGUUGUUAUGUUGUUGGAAGUGCGGGAAGCAAAGAGAAGGUGGAUCUGCUGAAGAAUAAAUUAGGAUUUGAUGAAGCCUUUAACUACAAGGAGGAGCCAGAUCUCAAUGCAGCUUUGAAAAGGUACUUUAGAGAAGGCAUUGACAUAUACUUUGAGAAUGUUGGGGGAAAGACACUUGAUACAGUACUCCCAAAUAUGAGACUCCAUGGUCGGAUACCUGUUUGUGGAAUGAUCUCACAAUACAAUCUUACUCAACCAGAAGGUGUAACAAAUUUGGCACAUCUCAUAUUCAAGAGGGUUAAAAUGGAAGGUUUUAAUGUAAAUGAUUUCUGCCAUUUAUUUCCCAAAUUCUUGGAGUUUGCCCUGCCUCUGAUCAGAGAAGGGAAGGUUGUGUAUGUGGAAGACAUUGUUGAGGGUCUUGAGAAUGCCCCUGCAGCCUUGGUUGGCCUCUAUACUGGUGGCAAUGUUGGUAAACAAGUGGUUGUUGUUGCUCAUGAGUAAAAUUAUAUCAAUCGAAACACUGUACCAUCUAAGUAUUACGGCUGAAUUUUCAAUUUUGUGCUUGAUAUUAAAGCUUGUUUUUAAAGUGUUGCAAUCAUCAUCCAUUCUCUUUAGAGUUAUUAAUGCAUGAUGUUAAUUUUCUUUUGAAACGAUUGACAAGGUACCAAAUAUUAACUAGUUGACACUAGUAAGUAUUAUGUGAAUAAUUACUUCAGUAAAAUCUUACUUAAA